GACCUACCUGACCGGGUGGUCCUCAUGGAUCGUUUGACAGCCGGCUCAGAGCUGACCAAUGAGAUUCAGCCCAUCUCCGAUUUGUCCAAUCAGAUUGAAACAGGAAGAGAUGGCGUGUAGGAUGUUUGAAGGUUUCACAAUACUCGACAACACCGAAGACGUUCUUCAGGUCAUUCAGAAUUUCUGUGCAGAAACUUCCGUGUUCAGGUGAACAGCCCGCCUACCGAGGGAUCUCAUUGUAGACUGAUGGAGGUCUGAUUUGACUCCUGUGGGAAUUUCCGAAAUAACAACAUGUAGACGGAAGUGUGUGAGCAGACCUACAACCUCUCCCCCGGUCUGUCACUUCCACACAGAGAGAGAGAGAGAGAGAGAGAGAGAGAGAGAUGUACUUUCACUUUCUAUCCGACAUGCUCAUUCCCCUCCGCCUGCACACCGAACAUGACAUUAAACAUUCAGAGUAGCGCCGGUAAUAACGCCUGUUAUAACCGCAUCCACAAGGCCCUGAGCGCUGACACCAAACCGCGGGGGAUUCGAGCCCUCCUACUGCUGACUGCGGUUCUGGGAGCUGAAACUUUCAUCACAGCCGUGCUGCUGUACAGCUUCACCCGAGAGCUACACACGACCACUAAAUCUCUGGACCAUGACGUCUUCCCAACCGAGUGUCUCCAGGAACAUGGCGGAGAUCCAGCAGUGUGGCACAGCGCAGGCCUGGCAAGUUGCGAUCUCAUGAUGCAAGAGUUCCAGAACAGCGUGAAUAUGAGACUCCUGCUGGAUAUUCGCAACUCCCUGUGGCAGAGUUUAGGAGACCACAACAUCACCCAGGUCUUCAAACCUGCGAUACACGUCGGCGCGAAGCAGGAGCUCAAACAGCAUCACCAUCUGCAGAGAGCAGGUCUGAAUAAUAUCCUCCCAAAUGGUGAUUCUCAGGAUCCCUGUCUCAUGUUCGAGCGUCUUCACUGGGAUGUCCUGAGUGGACAGAGCAUUCAGGAGGGCCUGAUGAUCCUCAGUCCUGAGGGAGAAAUUGUGGUUCCUCAAGAUGGGAUUUAUUUCAUUUACUCACAGGUUCAUUUUAUAACCUCGCACACGAGACCUGACCUCCAGCUGGUCCAGUACCUGCUCAAGAGUACAGUGUUGCACCCGGAGCCAACGAUGCUCGGCAAAGCUGGUCUGAGUCGGCGUCUCGGUUCCGAGCCCAGUAUGGGUCUGUUAUCCAGCCACCAGGGGGCGUUGUUUCAUCUUGAGCAGGGAGAUAGGCUCUCACUGUUUGUGAGCAACAUGUCUGCCGUUCUCCUUCAGCCAGAGGCGACGUACUUUGGGGCAUUUAAAAUAGACUGAUAAGGUGUAGACAGGAGUGCAGUAGCCCGAUGAUACUAAGCCUGUGGCUGGACAACAGAAGCCUCUGACUGGCUACUACAAAAUCCAGCCGUAUAGAUUUUGUAUCACUUUGUUAAUAGACAAUAAAUCUAUGGAUCAUGUAAAGAACACACAACACCAAAUUUAACCGUGUACAUAUUAUGCAGCAAUAGCAUAAACAAUGAUUUAGCUAAAAUAAAUAAAUAAAACAAAGAAUGAUCAGCAUAGUAACACUAGCAUGCUAAUAAACACUACCUGGGUAUACUGGGAUAAUGUGUACCACAUACCAAACCAGUCAACGUAACACUAACUUUAAUCCAGAUCUAUAGUGAUAAUGUAAGCCAGAGGAGAUUUACUAAUAUAUACAUGUUUUACUGAAUAUUUACACAUUAUAUAAAGAUAAAACAUGUAAUCAAGUAAAACAUGUUUUAAAUAUUUAAAUAAUGGGGGGGAACAAAAACCUGAGACUUAGUUAUAUAAAAAUAUAAUCUAUUAUCUU